AUGGCUUUAGAGACAUGUGGAAGCUGUCUGAGUUGUCUGCUGAUACCUCUUGCACUUUGGAGUAUUGUUGUUAACAUACUAUUAUACUUCCCUAAUGGGAAAGCUUCACAUGCUGCCAGUUACCAGCUUCCCAACUAUGUGUGGUAUUUUGAAGGGAUCUGUUUCUCAGGUGUGAUGAUCCUUCUACUGGCAGUAAUUCUAAUAACACUGGAGUGCAGCGUGUUCUAUCGGUGCUGCCAGAGUGAGAGCUGUAACAAAACCUACAGGAGUUUUAUUUCAAUUGUGCUAGCUCUUCUUGGAGCUGCUUUCUCUGGAUACAGUUGCAUCAUUUUUACCUUGGGAUUGAUCCAAGGCCCCUUCUGCAAUUCAUCAGGUGGAUGGGAUUAUAUCUUCAAAGACACUGCUGGAGGGUACCUCACAGAUUACCCUGCUUGGUCUCGGUGCACUGAACCCGCUAACAUAGUAGAGUGGAACAUCAUUUUACUCUCUAUUCUGAUAGCUCUUAGUGGACUCCAGCUGAUCAUCUGUUUCCUCAAAGUGGCUGCUGAGUUGAGACGGACACUCUGUGGAACAUACUCUGUUUUUGUCCAGCCUGGGAUUCUCUGAAAACGGCAAGGAAAUCUUCACCGCUUUUCCCCCACCCCCCAGAAGAAGAGAGAAAUGGCUUCUCCAGUGUUUACAGUGGUAGAUUUGCAUGCUGCAAAGACAAAUGAAACCCUUGUCUUAAAUCUUUUUCUCUCAAGCCUCUCUAUUUUGGAUGAAGUUUUUUGAACUCUUUGACAUCUACAUUUUUCUAGUUGUUCUCUAACCUGUCUGGUUGUCCUUGGCCAUGACUUCAUUUUUUUACCCUCCAGCUUGUUCUGACAAUAGGAAGGUUUGAAUACCGUGAAACUGCUUUUAUAUUGAAAUCACCUUUUUUUGAAUAAACUGCUAUAGAACUGC